AUGGUAGACUAAGAGGAGGCGUGGACUGCUGCAUUCUCUUAAACGUCAGCGCUCAGAACAGAGCUCCAUACCUUAUUUUGACUCUGACUCGGAAUUCUGGAUCAUUUGGUUCAGUCUAUUUUUAUCUGUAGUUUGUUAUGGUGCACAAAGACCUUUGUGAACAUAGCAGACGUUUAAACCACUAUUAAACUGAGGAUGACUAAAGACGCAUUAGCUGUCACUAUCGUGGUCUUGUGGCUGCUCUGCAAUCCGGCGAGGAUCAGGGGAACCGGGGGAUUUCAAGGCGCCAUUCCUCACCCAAAUAAAUACAGUCCAAACCAGUCGGAGCAGUCACCGCAGACACCGCAGGCCGGUUCCAGGGGAAUGGGACCGCCUUCAGCCGGGGACGAGGUGCUGGACUCCAGCCAGGAGGCUUUACACGUAACGGAGCGCCGGUAUCUCAAACUCGACUGGUGUAAAACGCAGCCGCUGAAGCUGAUGAUCUACGAAGACGGAUGCCAACCGCGCGCCAUCAUCAACCGCUUCUGCUACGGACAGUGCAACUCUUUCUACAUCCCUCGACACAUUUACCAAGAGGAUGGCGCGUUCCAGUCGUGCUCCGUGUGCAAGCCCAAAAGUUUUACGACCGUCACUUACACGCUCUUCUGCCCCGGUCAAACUCCCAACACCAAGAAAAAGCGCGUGCGGCGUGUCAAACAGUGCCGCUGCACUUCUGUCGACUUGGAUUAAACCUAAACUCACUGACUGAUGUUGUUGUUGUUGGCUACAUGCGUGCGUUUGUCUUGACUAACAUGCUUGACAUAUAUCAUUGAUAUGUGUUUGUUUAGUCAAAACAACAGUCUUAAUAUUGUGAAGAUAUUCAUCUGAUGCAAUUUAAUGUACUAUAAGUAGCCUGUAGUUGUAAUUAGACAUAUUUUUAUAUUAUUCUCCACUGUGUGGAGGAAGAUUUGCACAUUGAUGCAAAUAUAGUACUCUGUGGCUAGAUUUGUAAGAUACAUAAACGCACACAUAAGGCUAUAUGGGUGUAAAUAAGCAAGACCCAAAUAUACCAAGUAAUGUUUUGCUGGCUUUUAUAUCUGUGUUGUCAAAUAUAUGUGGUGCCAUAUUUACAAUCUUUUUUAUUCGCCUGAUGAAGAAAAUACAGGUGACAAAUGAAAUGCAUGCAAACAUUUUUUUUAUAACAAUGAACAUUUUGUACAGUACUGCAUUUACAAGGAACAAAAUUACUGUGAUUCAAUGAUAAAUCCACAUACAUGUCGUCAAUAAAAAAGGUGUGAUGUGCUGAAUAAAACAGUUAUAGUUUAAAAUUAUAUGAUUGUAAAUGUACAUUAUGUUAUGUAAUGACUUAAUAUGGCCAUAAAAAAUACUCAACUUUUGUUACUCAAUAUGCAAAAUAAAGUGACUGCUUUUUUCUAAGUUGAA